AUGAAAUUACUCAAGGAUAAACUUCGGAAACCAUCUAACAAACCCUUCUCAUGUAAAUUUGAAUUUUGUGGACCGAUAUAUAAAUUUGAGGAAUUACAUUUUGGAGGCUUUAUGGAAAUAUCUUAUCGAUAUAAACGUUUGAUUGCUGUUUCCGAGUCGCAAGUGUUUAUAUUUGAUCAGAAAAGUAGAGAGCUAAUUAAUAUAUUUGAAUUGAGUGAUGCUGUUGCUGCUGUGGUUGAUGAUGAAUGUGAUUAUAUUUAUGUUGUUGGAGAAAGAGAGGAUGGUUUUUAUGUCAAAAAGUUUGAUUUGGGAUUGUUUAUUCAAAGUAAAAAACAACCAGAGGUUGCAUUAAUUUGGGAUACUAGUCCAAAAUCAAUUAAAUCACCUUUUGGAAUAACUCUUUACAAUGGAAAAUCAAAGAAAUAUCUCAUCAUUUUAGAUAGUACCUCAUCGGAUUUGAUAAUCCUUAAUUGUUCAAAUGGAGGUGAGCUAAAUGAUUUUAAAUUAUCCCUAGCAACAACAACUGCAAACUCAAUUACAAUGAGAACCAAAAAUGAGAUGGUUGUUGGAGCAAAACAAAUUGAAAUUUACAACAUUGAUGAAAGUUCAGGAAUUCCAAGUUUAAGGUUUUUAUAUUCUGUCCCAAAUGUUAAAGGAUUUUUCUAUUCAGUGACUUUUUGUCCUGCUAGCCAAUAUAUUAUCACUGAUUCAGAAAAUGAUAGUUUUUCUGUAAUCAAUAGAGAUACAUUACAAGUUGUAAAGUACUACAAAGAAACUGAGUUAUUGGGCGAUUUAUUUGGAAUGUGUUAUGAUAAGAUUAAUGGUAUAUUGUAUUGUUGCUGUAGGAUGGGAUUUUAUUAUUAUAAGUGA